ACCUUGAAAACUCCUAAAGGAAGGAGCUCUUCCACCUGCAGAACUUUACCUGAAGCUGCACUCAUAAGGCUGCUUUUUCUAACCUUUUAUUUUGGGAAUCCAGUGGAUCUGAAGAUGCUCUGCGCCCCAUCUCCCUGAAGCUGAGACUUUAUUAGUGUGUGUGUCGAAGGUAGAUCAUUUCUGUUUUGGGCCGAGGAGGCUCGAUCUGAGGGCAAGCAGGGUGAGAUUGGAGGAUGGGGUGCUGCGUGUCGGAUGAGGACAAAAAGAUCAAUGACGCGAUCGAGGAGCAGCUGCGGAGGGACAAGAAGGACUCCCGCAGGGAGCUGAAGCUGCUGCUGUUGGGAACUGGCGAGAGCGGGAAGAGCACCUUCAUCAAACAGAUGAGGAUCAUCCAUGGAGGAGGAUAUACGGAAGAGGAACAGAAGGGCUACGCAAAACUGGUCUUUCAGAACAUCUACACAUCAAUGCAGACCAUGAUCCGAGCCAUGGAAACUCUAAACAUAGCUUUCUCUGAUCCUCAGAACCAGAACAAUGCACACUCAGUCCUGGAGGUGGAAGUGGACAAGGUGGAGGAGUUAGAUGCAAACCUGGCGGUGGCCAUAGGUACUCUGUGGAAGGAUGCAGGAAUACAGGAGUGCUACGACAGACGCAGAGAGUACCAGCUGUCUGACUCUACCAAAUACUAUCUCACAGAACUGGAUCGGAUUUCGCAGCCUUCCUAUCUACCAGACCUCCAGGACAUCCUCAGAGUCCGAGUGCCGACCACGGGUAUCAUCGAGUACCCCUUUGACAUGGACAACGUCAUUUUCAGAAUGGUGGACGUGGGGGGUCAGAGGUCAGAGAGGAGAAAGUGGAUCCACUGUUUUGAGAACGUCACUUCUAUCAUCUUCCUGGUGGCGCUCAGUGAGUAUGACCAGGUCUUGGCUGAGUGUGACAAUGAGAACCGUAUGGAGGAGAGCAAAGCCCUGUUUAAGACCAUCAUCACCUACCCCUGGUUCGAGAAGUCUUCUGUCAUACUGUUUCUCAACAAGACCGACAUCCUCAAGGAGAAGAUCAUGUACUCCCACUUAGCCACGUACUUCCCAGAAUUCAAAGGACCGCAACAGGAUCCUGUUGCAGCUCAAGACUACAUCCUGAAAAUGUACCAAGAACAAAACCCGAACAGGGACAGGAAGCUGUACUCCCACUUCACCUGCGCCACGGACACCGAAAACAUCCGCCUAAUCUUUGUGGCUGUGAAGGACACCAUCCUCACAGCCAACCUUAAAGAAUUCAACCUGGUUUAAAGCAAAGGAAUACCACACAACUGUCUGUGAUACUAAAUGAAACGCUCUACUUACAAAUCACUGCAUUUCAGGCAGUCAUGAGGAAAAUUUGAGAAAAACCGGUGAUGAUGCAGGCUGCUAUUUAAAAAAGCGCUGUUAUUUUAUUGUCUGCAGACAGCUAUGCUGUAAAGUUGCACUGAUUGCAGUUUGGAUUUCUGAUUUUUCGAUGACACCUUCAGAAGACGUUUUUGCUCUGAGAAACAUAAACGAAAGCAUAUGCAUUAGCUUACUUGAAGACAAAUGGCAUAUUUAUUAGUAAAUCUUUUAGACUUUCUUUACAACUAACACCAGGUUAUGAGGAUUUCUCUCUCAGCCUUGAGAAAUUAGAAGAUAAAAUUCUCCAGGUUACUGGACAGAAGUAUUUGUACAAAGAAUAUGGGACUACUGUAUAUCUAUUAGAUCAUUCAUCAAUACCGUCACCAUAAACCAUAAAAGACCACAAGGCAACUUUCUCUAAAUGCUCUUAAUUUCACAUUUCAGAAUUUAAAAAAACAAUAAACUUCA